AAAGGAAAAAAGAACAGGCAGAUUACUCUUUCGAAGUUCAAAGAGAACUGAAUUGCAGAAAAUUCUCCGAUCGAUUCUGGAAUUGGAUUCAGGAGAAGCGUGAGGGAUGGAAGAAACCCUGGAAGAGCAUACCAAAUCAUUAGCGGCUCCAAUCAUCUUCAUCAUUGUCUUUGUUUUCCAGUUAUCUGACAAGUUCUUAUCACAUAUGAAGACGAAAGCUUCCAUGAGUAAAAAGGAUGCCCAAUUGCGUGAUGAAAUCAAACAACUAUUGAAGGAGGCAGCUGCUUUGUCAGAGCCUUCAACGUUUGCUCAAUCUGCAAAGCUUAGGAGAAUGGCAACAGCUAAGGAAAAAGAGCUUGCAAAAAGUCAAGAGUCAUCCAGCAAGGAGAUAAAAGUUUCAUUCAGCUUGUACGAGAAAAUUCUGAUGAUUUCAAAGGUUGUCAUAUAUCUUACAAUGAUCAUGUGGUUUUGGAGGAUUCCUGUGGCUUCCAUAUCCAAAGAACUUGUGCAGCCCUUUGGGAGGUUUUUAUCCUGGAAAACUGGAGGCUCUUUUAGCAACAAUGUAAUAAUGGUUGGUGUUAUACCUUGGUUGAUAUUAUCCACGAGGGUUGGCAAAUACCUUUGCAAUAAAGUAUUGAAGUAGAUCGCAUAGGAUUUUGCUCUUUGUGUUUGUGCAUUAAUUAAUAUUUAAUAUUUUUAGUGUUCGAGUUCGACUUUCAUCUCACUAGUCUUUUCUUUGUCUAUGUAAACAUCCAACUGUACUAUAACUAUAUGAUGAAAAUCCAAUCAAUUGACGGAUCAAAUCAUAAUAAAUUUCUGUACUCACGUUUUGUACUAUCA